AUGGACCUAAACUUUACCGUCAUGGACCUAAACUUUACCGUCAUGGACCUUAACUUUACCGUCAUGGACCUUAACUUUACCGUCAUGGACCUAAACUUUACCGUCAUGGACCUAAACUUUACCGUCAUGGACCUAUACUUUACUGUCAUGGACCUAAACUUCACUGUCAUGGACCUAAACUUUACCGUCAUGGACCAAAACUUUACCGUCAUGGACCUAAACUUUACCGUCAUGGACCUAAACUUUACCGUCAUGGACCUAAACUUUACCGUCAUGGACGUACAUUUCACUGUCAUGGACCUAAACUUCACUGUCAUGGAACUAAACUCCAUCGUCAUGGACCUAAACUUCACUGUCAUAGACCUAAACUUCAUUUUCAUGGACCUAAACUUUACCGUCAUGGACCUAAACUUUACUGUCAUGGACCUAAACUUUACCGUCAUGGACCUAAAAUUUCAGUUCCAGUUUACAGAGUUCAUUUUGUCACGUUCUGUCAUUGUCAUACUCUGCAAGACUGGUCCUCUAUGUCACAACACCGAUUGUGCCCAGUUGUGCUGA